AUGUCCAAACUGUCCUCCGUCAAACGAUCGAUCACUAGUUUAUUGUUUUGGGGGCGAGGAUUACAUCAAAGUAAAAGUAAAGCUCUUCCUUUCUUGUCAACUCUGCCCACUUCAUUUCGAGUUAGUUCAGGACACUGCACUCAUGUUGUUUUAUUCCGAAUCACGUCCCAGUGCGCAACAAAUUCGGGUCACUAUUUCAGGACUUUCAAACUCAAUCAGCUCAACCACGAGAUAGCAUUAAUCAACGCCGGUCAUCCGUACCCCAUUCCCUUUGACCGUUCUGCUCAUGGACCCCCUGUCAAUCUUCAGGGAGGUUUGGUCGUCCCUCGACAGAGUAAACGCCAGGCGGCUGCAAAUGCGAAGAUGGCAGACAAACGAGGUCCUCCUGCCAUUGAUUGUGCUCGUGCAGCUCAUGGUCCCACCGCCACAAAGCACAAGAAAUGGGGCCAUACGGGCUGUACCCUGCACUAUUGCAAAUCUUGCUGCCAUGCGUACGGAACGGGCGAUUGCUAUGUCCAUCGAGUCAAGGACUUAACCGGUAAACAUCCUGUCAAGGUCACAGCUCUCGCGCACCCUCUGCAUCAAUCCCCUCCACCCCCUCACAAACGUACGACCCCUCCGGCCGAAAUACCAACAGCUAAGCGGCCCCGGACCAUACCUCAAUGCGCUCAGAGUAUCCAUCGAGCUGGAAGAAUUGUUCCAGAAGAUGCGGAGGCGUCAAUGGUGAUUGAGAGAGCUCGGCAGGCUCAGAUGCAAGUGCAUAAAAAAGUGUCGGCCUCUUUAACCGAAGACGGCCAGGUUGUCAGCCUCCACCUGGUCACCAAAAAUCAACAACUCAACCCCAUUAUCUCUCAUUCAUUUAAGACUUGGCCCAUGGCUGCUCUGGACGAUUGUCCAUCUCUGCUUCGCCAGGCGAAAGACGCUGCCGGUGCGACGUGGGAGGACCGUCUUCUCAUUUGGGAUGAAGCAAUCAGAAAUUGGAACCUAGUGAUAUGUGUGCCCAGCCAACACUCUGCACUCACAGCAGAGCUUCAGGAUGCGUUGGAACGCUUUGCGUUGGGUAAACCGAUGGUCCCUACACCUCCCAAGGCACUCGAACACACAUCGACCCCGAUCCUCAAAGGCGCUGUCGUCAAACAAGAAACCCCCACCCUUAAAGCAAACCCGUCACUCAGCCUGUAUGGGUCGUCUUCGGAUCCCAUAUGUUUCCUUGAGGACUCGGAAAGUGAAGGUGACUCAGACAAAUCACAAGAUAAGAACUCGACACCGCCAUCAUCAUCUUUAGCCAAUGUACCCUCCACCCUCCUUUCCCAUCUGGGCCAAGAAGAGGAAGAGGUGAGCAUUUUUAAAAUACAAACUCAAUGCAAUCUUCGUAGAGCUCACGUCCCACACGUUCAACUUCCCCAGGCCGAAUCGAAGCCUUCCAUUCCCGAGUUAGCCACGCCCCCAGCUGCGCUACCCCCCCUACAACCACCGCAACUCGCCCCCGCGUUACCAACACCCGCGCUCGCCUCUGUGUUACGAGAAUGGCCAGGCGAAGACUUGCGAGUGUCAGCACUCUAUGAAUGGUAUGCGUCCUCCCCUGGACGUGGAUCUCGGGUCCCUAAGUGGAAGCAGCAAUUUGGAAGUACCUAUAAUUAUGAGAAAUCUACAGUUUACCGCUACUGGGGUUUUGUGGACCUAGUCGGCGAGAACCGAUUCAAGCAAUGGCUCGAGGCAUGGGGCGAAGAAGGCGAGAUCAAUUGGCACAACGUAGCCAUUCCACGAGCGCGGGACCACUUCCGCGCUGAGUGGGAUAUAAUCACAGGUUUGAAACGAUAA